GGAGUCAGGUUCCGAUAAAAAUUCCGAUUUUGCACCGACUGACUAUUUAAAUACAGCUUCGCAGGUUUAAUAACAGUAUCAACCAAAACCUUCGUCGAGUCCACUUCAUCAGCUAGAAGAGUACCACCAAAAUGUUCUCCUUUAUUAUAAGCACACUUCUCCUUCUUGGUGCAACAUCUGGUCUGAGAUUUCCCAUUUGUGCUGAAAACGAAGAGUACCUAGACUGCGGUACCGAGUGUCCGCAAACAUGCUUGGAGAUCUUUGAACCAAGACAGUGUUCAGAUGUUUGCGUUGAAGGAUGCUUCUGCAAAGAGGGAUUUGUAAGGGCUGGGGAAAGCGGUCCUUGCGUGCCGCGAGCUUCGUGUAAAAAUGUACCACAGUGUGCAGCCAAUGAAAUAUACACUAAAUGUGCUCCUCUAUGUCCUCCGACGUGUGAAGAAAAGGAACCAAAACCUUGUCUAGAUAAGUGUCUCGACGGAUGCGUUUGUAAAGAAGGGUACAUACGAAGUGCUACUGGUGGUGCUUGUGUACCAGUAGACACUUGCGAUAUAGAUGUUUGUACUAAGUCUAAUCAAGUUUACAAAGAUUGUGGUACCCCAUGCCCUGGUACCUGUGAACAGCCACUCAGAGUUUGUGAAAGAAGAUGCGUUCCUGGAUGUUUCUGUCAAGAGGGGUACGUUCUAGAACCAGAAACACAAGAAUGUAUCAAACUUCAAAAUUGCCCUAACAGAUUCUUCUAGACACUGCUAGUUGCAAUCCGUCGUUAAUUUGUUCAUUUUAACACUAUAUUUUUAGAUUUUAUAUUUUUGAUAUUUCUUAUCUGCCUGUAAUUAGAUUAUUAUUACUAAUAAAUUGCUAGCUAAUGCAACACAA